CCUCAACGUCAGACGGGUUUCUCCAUCCAUUGCGCGGCACUCAGGUCAUGGGCUGCGGGGAACCCAGGCCUCUGAGUAUCUAAUUUAUCAAAUUCGAAAGGCAUCCAUACGACAUACCACAAGAUCAGAAUCUUUGGAUUGUAGGUAACGAUGCAUCUUCAAGCUCUCAUCCCGCUCGUCACCGCACCCCUCCUCACCUCCGCGCUCCGCAGCGGACAUGACCAGGAGCUACCACCACCGCGAAGCUCCGCGCAGAAGAGAGUUGCUAUCAUAGGCGCGGGCGCCGGCGGCUCCUCCGCAGCAUACCACCUCUCGCAGUACGCCUCCCUCGACGGCACGCCCUUCUCAAUCGACGUCUUCGAGCGCUCAUCCUACAUCGGCGGCCGCACGACCACGGUGCCCGCGUGGAACCUCGCCACCAAGCCCGUCGAGCUCGGCGGCUCCAUCUUCGUGUCUGUCAACCAGAUCCUCGUCGAGGCCGCCCAGCGCUUCGACCUCUCCACGUCCGGGCUCGACAGCGAAGACGAGGACGAUGGCGGCGUGAAGCCGGCUGGUACGCCAGAGUUGGGCAUAUGGAAUGGGCGGGAGUUCGUCGUGACGACGAAUGCGGAGGACGGGUGGUGGGAUAAGGCGAAGUUGCUGUGGAGGUAUGGGCUCGCGCCCAUCAAGACGAACAGGUUGAUGAAGGAUACGGUGGGCAAGUUCCUCCGCAUUUACGAUGAGCCGCUGUUCCCCUGGGAAAGCUUGAGCGAUGUGGCCGAGGAGGUUGGGUUGACGACCGUGACGAGCCACACUGGAGAGCAGUUCCUGAAGGCCUCUGGGAUUGGGGACAAGUUCGCGAAGGAGAUUAUACAGGCAAGCACACGUGUGAACUAUGCCUCACACCUCAACCUCAUCCACGGCCUGGAGACAAUGGUCUGCAUGGCGACGUCCGGCGCGAAAGCCAUCAAGGGCGGGAACUGGCAGAUAUUCGCCCACAUGCUCAACUCGUCGAGUUCCAUCUCCACGUACCUAAACACGACCGUUACAUCCAUAACCCGGGACCCCUCGACCCAGAAAUUCACCCUCACAACCUCCUCCCCAUCCUCCUCAGCAUCAUCGCCCGAAGAAGAAGCACAAUACGACACCAUCAUCCUCGCCACGCCCCUCCAAUUCUCCUCCCCCCUAACCUUCCACCCUUCCCCCUCCCACCUCCCCAAACCCAUCCCCUACGUCCACCUCCACGUAACCCUCUUCGCCUCCCCGCACCGCCUCUCCCCCACACGCUUCAACCUGCCACCGGAUACCCCAGUCCCACAAUUCGUACUCACGACGCUCCCAGACGACGAGAAGCCGCCCAGCCCCAAGAACCCACAGGGCGAAAGCGGCGCCGGCGCCGCAGGCUCCCCAGGCUUCUUCAGCGUGUCGGUCGUGAAGACGGGGCGGAACCCCUUCGCAGAGGACCGGAGGAGCGAGUAUAUCUACAAGAUCUUCUCGCCUGCGCCCAUCACCGCGGCGAACCUCACGGAGCUGCUCGGCCACGACGUCGAUAUCCCCGCCCUCCAUGAUGACGAGAAGGAGCAAGAGGACGGCGAGGUCGACAUCCCGGAUAGGAGCGGCGCUGUGUCGUGGUUGUACAGGAAGGCGUGGCGGAGUUAUCCGUACGAGCUGCCGCGCGUCACGUUCGAGGAAAUCAGGCUGGACGACGGGGUGUACUAUACGAGUGGGAUUGAGAGCUUCAUUUCCACCAUGGAGACGAGCGCGUUGAUGGGCAAGAAUGUCGCUAGGCUUGUGGCGAAUGAUUGGUUGGCUCAGAAGGGUGCGCAGCAGCAGCAGCAGCAGCAGCAGGAGAGUGGGGAGAGUCUGGUCGGUAGUGAGGAGCAGUGGAGGUUCCAGGGAGCCGAUGGCGAGAGCGAGAUGCAGGUGCCCCUGGAAUGAAUGCGAGGCUGUACUGUUGGUUUGAUAUAGAACGGGAUUGUCUUCAACGGCGCGAAUUUUGACGAAUCAUCAUGACUUCAUCUAGCAGGGGAGGGAAAUAGACUCCCUUGAAAAGGAUUGACGAGCUGGAAACUGAAUUAUUUCUACAACUAUCGGUCUUUUAUUCAUGAUUUGUCCCGGUAUUUAUUGUCAUCAUGCGGGUUCAUCGUCAACGUCGAGAGGUCGGCCAUAUCAAGAGAGCAGUGUCGAUCUCGCCUACAUCAUGCUCAGACUAGAAGCAGAAGCAGCUUUAAACAUAUCCUAGUGAAAGGUAAUAGCAAUGCAAGUCAAAGGUCUUGUAUUAUCGAAAAAACUUGUGGGCCGCAUAAAAGGUUCUUGGACUACCU